CGUUUCUACAUUCUGAUCCGAGGAUCAGCUGGAAGGCAGCAAUAAACAGGAAAAUCUGCAGCAAAGGAAACAAAAAAAAAAGAGGAGGAAGUAGCUGCAGAUGUUAUGAUCUGAAAACAAAAACAUCAGUGUAAUUUUUUUUUACACGAAGCCCUUCUUCUAAGAAGAAAGCCUUUUAUUUUUGUAUAUUAGUGUUCCAACUACCUCACGUAAAGGCUACAUCUAAAGCUAUGCUUUAAGAGUUGUCGUUUCUACUGUGUUUUGACACCUCGUUUACAACUUGAACUCAAAGGCAGGCCUUUGUUCCAAACCAAGUGAAACCUUACAUUUGCACUACAAAAGUCUCUCCUGCUUUGAUUUGUCAACUUCAAGAUCAAGCACAGGACUUUAAGUGGAAACAAGAACAUCAGGCAGACAAAUAGCAUUACACAACAACUAUUACAUUGACAAAUACAAAAAAGAAAAGGCAGCUACUGCAUAAAUUUUCUCUGUGGGAGAGCACAUAGCACAUCACAGGCAUCAAAACUUGACGACACAAGCAGAAAUGUUUCAGCGUCUUAGCAACCUGUUGUUCGGGGAGGUGGAAGAGGUGGCAGCUGAUCUGAAGGGACCCAAUCCAUGUGUGACUGAGGCCGACGAAGAGGGAUGGAUGCUCGUCAACCUGGCCGACUCUGACUGCAUGAUGCAGGUGGAGGAUGAUGUGGGAACCCCACUGACUGCACAAGCAUCACCCCACAGUAAACUAGCAGAUCACCAAAACAUGCAAACAAGGACUGAAUGCCCAGCCUCCACGCCCCGUCUGCCUCAUAAGCGUCGCAGGCCGCAUAAAGGUCAGACACAGGAUCCAGCAGCACCUUCGGAGCCCCUGUCUUGUCCCAGUGCUAGUCCACCACACUUAGGUGCCGCCACACCCGUGAGCCUCCCAAGACGGGCCAGACUGUCCACGCCCUCCUCCACCCCGUCAAUGUCUCCAGGCUCUGGGAGUGAGUGCGGGGGCAGUGGGGGUCCCAGUAGGUCAGGAUCAGAGAGAGGCUGCAUGGAUGAGAGCUGGUUUGUCACCCCUCCCCCCUGUUUCACUGCAGAGGGAGCCACGGCAGAGACCAGCCCCAUGGAGGACCUGCUCAUAGAGCACCCCAGCAUGUCUGUGUAUGUCUCCCCCAACAACCUGUCCAUGCUCUCCAGCAGCAACCUGUCUGUGGUGGGGGAAGAGAGCAUUGUCAGCCUGGCGAGCAGUGCGAGCAGAGUGUCUGAACCAGCAGCUCCCCCUGCCACCCGCAGCACUAUGCCCACCAGGGUGAGCCGUGGAGCGGCUGGCCAGGCUGGGGCUUUGGCCAAGGUCACCCAAGUGGCCAGGGUCCAGCGUUACAAGGCUCGCAUGGAGCGCCGCCAUCUGAGCCGCAGCCACAUCCAACGCCAAAACCGUGUGAGGGAGCAGGUCCCUCGUCACGCUUCGCACACCAGAAGCACCUUCCUUCAUCAACCCAGCAAGCGCAACUUCUGUCACUAAGGUUACCAUCAAAAAGAGGGGUUUCGUUUACGUCUGGGGGUAUUCGUAGUGCAGAAUCCACCAUCGACAACACGUGUCCUCCCACAGCACUUUUAGCUUCCAUUUCCAUACAUUACGUCAGGAUGAGUCACAGACUGACUCAUCUUGGUCAUUUUCCAUCCAAUCUGCAGUUAGAAAGCAGUUGCUAAAUGUAGAUCUUUGUAGAUGAUACGAUUACCCCCUUAUUGUCCUCCAGAAUAAACAACAAAAAACAAAAAAAUAAGUAUGUUUUCAAUCUUUAUCCAGUUAUAAUUUCUCAAAAUGGCAAUAGCUGAGUUUUUUAUAGAAACGUUUUAAAGACAUAUGAGUUUUAUUUUUCUUUAUUUAAAACCAUAAUACUGUGUAACCAUCAUAGAAAAUAAAAUAAGAUUGAAAUAGCCCCUUCUUUCAUACUCUGACUGGAGGAACACUCUUCCUAGCAAAUCCAUGAAACGUGAUCAUGAUUUUAAUUCGGUUAGUUUUGCUUACAAAAGGUCGAAGAAAAUACCGUCUGGCAAGGAGAGAAAAAUCAACACAAGUUGGUUUCUCUGCAAAGUUGCUUUACUAAAAAACGUGUUGCCAGAGGAAACAAUUGAUUCUCUUCUCUGCCUCGUGAAGAAGGUCACAGCAUGUAGGAGAUGGUGAGAGUAUGUGCAAAACAGACUAAAGAGUAAAAUGAAUCCCUCAGUAUAUGGUUUUAAAGAAAAGUGGUUUAACCCUCAGAGCAGCCAGUGAGAAUUUAGAGAUUUGGGGCUCACAUUUGGGUUACAAGGUAUAAGCAAGACAUGAUAGGUGAAAAGCAGUAUUGAAGGCAACUCUUUACCUUGUUUUCAUAACAUGGAUUUAAUCUUAUUUUAUCUGAAGUCUCUUUUGCAAAUUUUCACCAAGAGAGAAAAUAAAACUGUUCCUGCAGUCAGAUGGAAAGAUUUGGCUUUUAAAGUUAACAAAUCAAUUCUCCUUGGAGAUAUGUCAUUUGCCCAGCCAUGUUUAACAAGAAUAUGUGCUGUGAACUUAAAUUAACUAUGUAAUUAUGUUGGGUUUUUUUUUUUACAAUAACCUAUUGAAAGAGGUCUACAGUACCUUGCAAAAAGGCUUAUAACCUUUGAUUUUUUUCACACUUUGUCACAUUACCACUACAAGCUUAUGUGAGAGACCAAAAACAAGUAGAGAAUAAUUUUGAAGUAAAAAAAAACUUGUACAAGUAGAAAACCUAAAAUUUGUGGCUUGCACUUGCUCCUUUUGAACGAAUGAUAGAACCACUUUUUGUAGCAGUUACAGCUGCAAGUCAUUUCUACCAGCUAUGGACAUGUAAACAUACAUUUCUGCCCAUUUGUCUUUGCAAAAUAUCUUAUGCUAAGUAAGCCUGGAUGCAGAGGGUCUAUGAACAUCAGUUUUCAAGCUUUGUCACAUUUUCUCUGUUGUAGUAAGGUCUGAGCUUUAACUGGGCCAUUCCAACACAUGAAAGGGGUUCACUCUAAACCAUCCCAGGUAGCUGUAUAUUUAGGGUCGUUGUUCUGCUGGAAGGUGACUCUGCCUCUAUCCCAACUGCAUUGCAGAAUCUUAAAGGUUAGGAUUGCCCUAUUUAGCUGCAUCCCUCUACCAAUGACCUCUGUCCGGUUUCCUUGUUCUGCUAAAGAAAAGCAACUCCACAGCAUGAUGUUGCCACUGCCAUGUUUCACGGUGGGAAUGCUGUGUUCGUGUUCAUUUUCUGCCACACACAAGAUUUUGUAUGUAAGCCAAACAUUUUACACUUUAGUCUCAUCUGACCAGCACACUUUUCCACACAUUUGCUGUGUCUUUUAUAUGGCUUUGGCAAUAUAGACAAACAAGAUCUGUUAUGAUUUUCUUUUAACAAUUCAACAUUGUAACCAUGUUUCCAUAAAGAUUAGUCUUCACAAUCGUACCCUAAUUUGGUUGGUCCCAUAAAAAUCCCAAUUAAAUAUACUGAAGUUUGUGGUGGCCAUGUGACAAAAUGUGAACAAGUUCAAGGUGCUUGGAUAAUCCUGCAAGGCACUGUAUUAGGAGAAAGAGAAACAACAACUUUCUUAAUGCCGUACAGCAAAAACCUUGCAUCGGUUCAUCAACAUGCAACAUCGCUCCAACCACUCCAUAAAUGUCCAGCCCUUUUUGUUGCUUGAACAUCCAGUUCUGACAUCAUCCACUUUUACAAUCUCGCUUACUGAUAUGUAUUCAACAAUAUUAAACAAUGGUGCUGAAGUGUAUACUAAUGUUUGUAAAUUAUUUUAAGACAUGGAUGUAAGUUUGCACUGUCAGAUAUCGUGUGGGUAAAAGUUUUAGCAGUGUGCUGUGUGCUUGUUUUUUUCUUUCUUUCUUUCCGUUUUUACUUUUGUGAAACUUUUUUUGUUUUGGAUCCUGAAACGUGAGAAGGUGUACUGGCAUACUAAAUGCUAGAACCUUUCCUAUAUGGGGGAAAAUACUAAUUAUAUAUAUAUAAAAAAAAAGUGUUGGUCAUUUAUUUUUCUUGUAAAUAUUAGAAAACAAUUUACAACUCUCCGUUAUAGAUGUCAAAGCCUCUGGACAUAGCGUCGAGUGGGGACUGAGGUUCGAUGAGGCUGCAAAUGGUCUCAGAAUGACACCCAAAACAUCACUAAACUCAGUUAAUUUGCCAUAGGCAAACCCUGGCCUGUAGAGGGCAGUGUCGCACAGCACCUGCUACAUGAAUGGUAACAACGUCACACAGCAACGAUGACAUAGUUUGAAUACAUCUCUGAAGGAGUUCAAGUUCAACAGAAAGAUUGUCUGUGGAUUCAUUUCUGAUUGUUGUCUUGAUGUUUUGCUUGAAUGAGUGACAUUAUAUGAUUUUUUUUUCUGAUGUACCUUUUUUGUUUCCUCUUGUGGCCGAAUGAAAAAGUCUUUGCACUCAAAAUAUAAAAAAAGUGAAUACUACCUUGUUUUAUUUUUUUGCUUGCUUUGAAGAUAAACAUUAUGUAAUCAUUUAUAUCCAAAAUAAUGCAGAGCAUAUAAGGUGUUGAACUCAUCACCUCCCCACACACACACAACAUAUAGUGCUGUCUUUAAUGACAUCCACAGUAUUCCAACACUAUACUGUGCCUGAGAGGUAGAUAAUGUUAAUCUGUUGCAAAUAAAACAGUGAAAGAUCACAAGUGUGUGUAAGUGUGCAAAAUCACCACAGAUUGCAGGUGGAAAAUGUUUUCUGUUUUGAAUCUUUUUUAUUCCCCUCUCCACCCCCUUCCUCACUCAAAAAUGAAAAAUGUUUUCUGUAUGUUGUGUCUGAUUAUCAUUAAGGUGUUAUGCUUUGCGUGAAAGUUCUCAAAAAUUGGUUGUGGAUGGAUGUGAGGGAUGUGGACAAAAAGAGGCAAAAGACAAAUAGUUUCUAUAUAUGAAAAGAAAUGUACUGCAUUAAAGGAAAAAAAAAGAUGGACAUGCUCGUAUUUUCCCACAUAGCUAUUAGAAGUUGUUUAACAUUAUGGGUGUUUCAAACAAAAGGCAUCGAAUGUAUGGGAGGUGAUUUCCUGUAUUAUGUUGUGCCCUGAAAAUAAUGGCAGCUUAAAAAUACUCGGGAGGAUUUGUCCAUAUUACACCUGAGUUGGUACAACCCCUCCCUCAUUCAUUAAAAAAAAAAAGAUAAACCUAUAAA